AUGGAGGGAGAGAGGCUUUUGUUUGUUGCGCGUUGCGCCGUUCUUGUGGUGCCGGGAGGCCGUAGCCGCGGCGUCGACAGCCUCUCCGCUCUCGGCUUUUCUCCUCUCUACCCCGAAUCAGCGGCGGCGGCGCAGCCCACGGCUGGGGGCUUGUGUCAAGACUAUUUUCCUGCGGAUGCGCCGGUACUGAACUACUGCCAGAACGGCGCUGAGUGCACAGUUCAGCUGAGUAGCGGCAAACUUCUUCAAAUCGUCUGCGACUGCGCGGCGCUCCAGACGACUGAGUACCUUUACGCGGGACCCGCCUGCUCAAUCAAACAAAAACUCGCCUACGUCGCAGGCUCCUUUGGAACGAACGUGAGAAACACGUGCUGGUUGGAGAAUCUGCUUGGCCUAAACACCUGGAAAGACGUUCCCUCCCGCGUAGCUUCGUUCUGCUACACGGUGCCUUGCCCUAGCCCAGACGGCUCAAGCAUAUAA